GUCACUGUCAAAAGCACGUACAAAUCGCUGACUUCGCUGAGCCGUCAGAGCUAAAGAAUGUAGAACAACGAAAGUUAAAAUGAAUUGGUGUCCCGUUAGAUCUCGUAUUCGCGUCUCAGAAGUGUUUAGAUACACAACACGUACUGUGCACUGCCUUUUAUAACAAACAAGAAACAUGGACGACUAUAUCAACGUUAUAGAUUUCAUAUUUCUAAACUUGGCUUUCGCAGUCACAUUUACCGGUGUUAUCAUUAAUAAUUUUGAAAAAUAUGUUCCUGCUUUUAUUAUAAAGGGUUAUCGAUAUGGGGCCUUUGCCUAUCAAGGAUCUGACGCCAAUUUCCUGCAAGUUAUUGAGAUCCCGAAGGCGUAUUAUAGACAUUUUUAUUUAUUUUCAACUCUAUUCAGUGCUUCGAUGUUGUCCUAUAUGGUCUUAGUAUACUUCUUUGGGGCAACCGUUAGUUUUCCUGUCCACUUCGUGUUGAAGGUGCUGCUACAGGAAAAUGAGCCUUCUGUGUCCGUCACAGCAGCCCUAUUAGCAUUGACACUGCUAACAAUACAAUGCAUCAGGCGUCUAUAUGAAACUUACUACAUGCAGGUCUUUGCCAAGUCUAGUAAGAUGAACCUGAGUCACUACCUCGCUGGGAUCAUACAUUACUUUGCUUGCAUCAUCGCUGUGGUUGGGCAAGCUCCGAUGUUUUGUGGCAACCAAUCUCGAGACGCCAUCAAAUGGAACGACCUCCGUACUACGAUCCUCUCUAUACCUUGCACAGUCAUAUUUCUAAUGUCUUGGUACGAGCAGUUCAAAACGAACCAAAUUUUCGCGAACUUGCGCAAAGACAAGAAAUCUGGUGAAGUGGUGACUGAGGAACAUAAGAUACCUCAUGGGAGAAUGUUUGAAUAUGUUUCGAGCCCGCAUAGAAUGUGCGAGAUUAUUUUAUAUACGGUUCUGCUGUUACUAGUCCCAACGAAGACUUUCUUCUGCAUUUAUUUGUGGGUUUUGGGUAACCAGAUUCAAACUGCUAUCCAAGCCCACGACUGGUACAAAAAGACAUUCGACAAAUACCCCGCGAACAGGCUCGCGGUUUUCCCGCGCUUAUUGUAGUUUGCCGCGCUUUUUUAAAUUAAGAAGACUGAGCAUUUAUUUUUUUAUUAUUUAUUGGAGUAGAAUGUAAGAGAAAAGACAAGAUAUCACAAAUACAAAAUCUUAUUCCUCAGAAGGAGGUAAUUAAUAAUGAAAGCAACAUAGAGAAUGUUGGCUUACUAUAUAUAAUGGGUGCAAAACUGCAAAAAGUGGUAAACGUUAGAGGAAAAUGUAUCUGAUUAAGGUGAUAGAGUGGCCUUAUCAUUUUUAUUCUCGAUUGUUAGGUAAAACUCAAAACAGGGAUAAUUAACUGGCUAAAAAAAUGUUAAUAUUUUCGGCCAUUUAGCUAGUGAGCCAGAGAGGCAUAUAAAAUAUUGUAGAAUUUAAUGACAAAUAUAUUUUUUUAGUUAUCAUUAA